ACAAACAGGCAGCAUGCGAGUGAGACGGGAACACAAACAACACGUUUAAUGCGAGUUUUAUCUUAUUUUAAAACAUGAAUGAGUUUUAAUAAUUGUUUGUGGUGAUGGAUCAUUUUAGGGAACCGGUAAAAGCAGACUGCGAAGAACUCCUGGGUCGUUUUCAAGCGACCGAGUCAGUUCGGUACGAGCAGUUUGUACAGAUCUGGAAAGACAUGGACUUCAGCAGCAUCUUCCAUGGUAAACCGGAGCUAAAUGAGAGAAGACGUUUUGCUCGUCUGAUUCUGUCCGUGGUGUCUCCCUACUUCUUACCCCCCUACACUUUCCAGAUCAGAGUGGGGGGCCUUUAUCUGCUGUACGGCCUCUUCAACACACAACUCGCCACUCCCAGAGAAAAGAUCCGCAUUGCUCUGAAGGACUGGAAUGAUGUUACGCAGUUUCAAAAGGAUGCAGUGAAUGCUCAACAUUAUGAUGUGGUUUAUGUCUUCAGAAAGCUCCUGUCAGAUAAAGCUUUCUACUUCACUGCCAUGCCAACACCGCUCAAUUUCAGAAUAAAGAGGGAAGAUGGAAAGAGAAGGAAAAUCUGUGAAGAAUUUGUUGAUCCGCCAUCACGUCCUCAGGAACUCGUCACCACAGAUGUGCUGGAGGAAAUUGCAAAUAUCCACGAGCAUUAUGAGGGUCUGAAGAAAGCCACUUUCACUGAACCAGACCCAAACUUGGACAUUGUACAACAAAACCUGGUUCCUAAACUAAACAGUACCAUCCUCACUUAUUGCAACUGGCAGAUAAAUCAUACAAAAUCUGAGCAGCAGGAUGCUGGAGAGGGACCUUCAAAUCAAGAAAGCUCCAGCAGAGCUCGGCUGUUAGCGUCGAUCAAAUCCAAAUCAUAUGGACAAGUUAUAGAGGCCUCCAAGUCCCGACGUCACAGACAAACAGAGUUGGUUUCAGAAGCUGCACCAGACAUUUCACAAAAGGUGUCAUCAAAAAAGAAAAGAUUUCCAUCACUUAAAACACGCACUCAGUUACGCUUCAAAACUCAGGAAAGUGAGGGUGAGGUUUCGAAUUUGACCCGGCUGUGGUGUUUGACUGCAGUGAAAGAAGAGAAGGAACCAGAAAAAAAGAAGAAGAAAUUCAACUGGAACCCUGACAAGAGCAGUGAUCCCACUUAGUAUUAAGCACCACCAUCUGGAUGGAGUGUGAUUGGCGGGCAUCCCAGUGUUAAAAGCUAGUGUGAUCUGUGCCUUGAGCUCUGGUUUCAUUUGAUUUGUUUUAUCAUGUAAUUUUAAACGUUGCUGCUUUUGGGUUAGAAGGCCAGUGUAUGUAAGUUGCUUUUAUUAUUAUACAUUUUUUAUAUUUUAAUAUUGCGCAUCAGAAUAUUUGUGGCAAAAAUACAUUUUAGAUAAUUGUUCUUAUAAAAAAUCUGUUUACAGUUCUCUGAUAGUUUUUGCAGUAACAUGUUAUUAAGCAGUUAUUUAAAAUAAGUAGUUUUUAAAUAUGUUAAUGUUGUUGUUUUAAAUGAUGUUAACAAUUUUAUAAUUCAAAAUGUUUGACUCUCCUUCUUUUCUUUAUUUUUUAUAUCAGUCCACAUUCCUUAUGUUGUAUUUUUGCCAGCUAAUACAUCUCACACACACUGAGAAAAGAGUUGUGUGGUCUUUUAUAUGCAUGUGGUCCAGUUCUUUUUAACCUGAAGGUUUUAUUGAUGUACACAAUCGGCUGCUUGAUUUUAAUCAAUAUGUUUUAUCACUUCCAAUCCUAGCAUUUCUCUCCCUCGCUCAUUCGUGCCUCAGCCAGCGUGGAGUCGCCUGAUAAUUUAGAUCUGCAGCACAGUCAAGAUUUACGUAUUUUGCACCUAAUAGGCCGUAGCUUUUAAGAUGAAUUCAAUAAAUCCAAAUCAUAUUGACUGAUUGCACAUAAAGAUUAGAUUUAUUUCUCUCUGUGCUUGCUGGGGACAUAAGACACAUAAGCAGUGUAGGGACAGAGUCGCUGUUUGCUAAAUAUGUGCAUAUAUAUGGUGUUUUCAAGUUCUGGUCCUGGAGAUUGAUUGAGAAUUAUGCUUACAAUAAUGAAUGCUAUGUGUAAACACUCUUAAAGAACACUUUACAUAUGCUUUAUUUACUGUCUCCUGUAACAAUAUGUGACCCUGGACCACAAAACUAGUCUUUAGGAGCACUAUUUGUAGCAAUAGCCAAAAAUGCAUUG